AACCCAAUUCCGGGAACGAAACACUUCACUCUUGACCCAAAAACUCUUGAUUCAAAAUAUUCUCCAGAUUUAAAAUUGAAUUCUCGAGCUUGUAAGCAUAACAAAUGGACAUAGCCAUCUUUUCUCCAUCAUCCCUCUUCUUCGAUGAACAAGACGACGACACUCACACCAGCGUUGAGGAAAACGCAGAGAAUCAGGAAACCUAUGUUGAGAGGAAGCAUCAGUUUCCUGGAAUGGAGUUGAUUAUCCGAGAAUUUUCCUUUCAUCAAUUGAAUGCUAAUUUGCUCUGGCCUGGAACUUUUGCGUUUGCAGAAUGGUUAGUUCAGCACAAAUCAUGCAUUGAAGGACGGCGUAUCCUUGAGUUGGGGAGUGGUACAGGUGCUUUGGCCAUAUUUCUUCGAAAAUCAUAUAAUAUUGAUAUUACAACUUCAGACUAUGAUGAUCAAGAGAUAAUGGAAAACAUAGCUCACAACAGUAGUGCAAAUGAUUUACCCGUCAUUCCUCAUAUUAAACAUACCUGGGGAGACAAGUUUCCAAAUUCUGACCCUGAUUGGGACCUGAUCAUUGCGAGUGACAUCUUAUUGUAUGUGAAGCAGUACCCAAAUUUGAUACAAACCAUUACAUUUCUUCUCAAAAGUUACAAACCUAGAGAGAGGACUACAGUUUCACAAACUGGGAAUGAUGACACCAAUGGAGAUGUAGUGUUGCCAUGGCCAGCUUUUUUGAUGAGCUGGAGACGUAGAAUCGGAAAGGAAGAUGAAUCAAUUUUCUUCGAUGGUUGUGAGAAAGCUGGUCUAGAUGUAAAUCAUAUUGGAUCACGUGUAUAUUGCAUCAGUCUCAUCGAAAAUGAGAAAUCAAAGAAAUGCUUGAAGAAAGAAGAUAAUGUUCAAGCUUCCACAAAAAGAAAAUGAAGUGAAAAUUUCCAGUUUGUUCUUUCAAUAGAGUUUUUUUAAGGGCCAUAGUUAACUUCAAUAGUUUAUUUUGCUGCAACUAGUAACCGAUAGUGAUAGCAAUUAUAAAUUUUUAUUGAAAAGAAGCAUAUGAUAUAUAACAAAUAUUUUAUGUCAAAUCCUGAAUUUUAAUCCGGAUUACCAUAUUUUUUUUCAUAAACAUUUAUUUAUAAGUUAAUUAUGUCAAUGCCAUUUAAACUUCCAUCCGUUUCAAGUUUCGCAAAAUACUUAAAGAAAAACUCAUAUCUCAUGUUUUAAUCUUGAACAUUGUGAUGAGCAUUAAGCUGGAACAAAAUUCUUCAGGAAAUCUCUGUCACCGACUAAAACUUCCGAGAGAGUUGACCAGGUUCCCGCCGUUGCUACAGAUCAAAAAAAACAACUAGCUUAAAGAUGGCAUAAU